AUGUGUAAAAACCAGCGAGGGUUGGACGACAAGUCACUAGACGCGCUUGUGGAGAAAUAUGGCAAGGAUAAAUUAUUGGAGAGUAUGACGGAGGAGGAACGUGCAGAAUUUGAAAAAAUGUACCAGCGUGUACUAUGCUCCGAUAAUUAUCGUGGGUUAAAGUACAUGCUGGAAAGAGGAUGCCCUGUAGACAUGGAAUUCAGGGAGGCAUACGGAGGUAUGAAGUUCGAAGUUGGUGAGUACCUGAAAGAAACAAGGAUCGCUACUAUAACAGGUAGCAUGACGGACCCACCGUUCAAUCCCAUCACACCUCUAGCCAUCGUGUCGAUUUGCAGCGAGAUGGACAAAGAACCCAAGCUGUUGAAGUUGUUGAUAGAGUAUGGGCUCGAUCUGAGAAAAUGUAAAAAGUCUGAGUAUGGGGAAGUGUCCAGAGAGAGAUACAGGGGGGUGAAAAACGCGUCAGCACUGUACUGUGCGACUGUUAGAUGCAACACCGAACUAGUGACCAUGUUGCUAGAAAAUGGUCACCCACCCGAGGACGAGCUACUCUACGUGCUGUCCACGAGGCGAUACCUGGCGCAUACUCCCAGGGAGAAAGAAAUCCUAUCGUUGCUUAUAAAACACGGCUGUGAUGUCAACGCAAGGAAAGGCGAGAAUGGCAACACACUGGCCCACAUGGCGCUUGCGUUGUGGUUCUGCUAUGUCGAGGGCCUUCUGAAGAAUUGCGAUGAUCUGGAUGAGGGUCCUUUCGGGGGUGUCCAAUUAACGGCUAAACAAUGGAUUUUUUUAAACUUAGAGAAGAUGUUCCUAACAAACUACAUUGAGUUUCUCGGUAACCAUGGGUUUGAUUUUAAUGGAAAAAAUGACCGUCAACAGACAUUAUUGCACAUUUUCUUCAAGAACGUGCGUAUGCUGAAAGAAAUCUUCCCAAGACCUUUCUUAGUCGUCGGCCAUAUUAUCAAAGAUCUGCUUCCGAUGAUAGUUGAUAAAGUAGAUGAUGUGAAUACGGUUGAUUCAGAUGGGAAGACAGUAUUGGAUGAAUUCAUAACAGGGGCUAGAAAGGACCUGCUUGUCGUCUAUAAACCCACCAACUUCGAGUGGCUGAAAACGCUGAUCAUGAAAGGAGCUUGUUUCUCGCCCAUUGACUACUAUGAUUUAAUUAUGAUACAGUAG